UAAGCGCUGCAGUUCCAGCCCAAAACCCCGGAAGGAACAGGCUGUUUGCAUCAAUUCUAUUUUUUUUUUUUUUUUUUAAUAGGGAAUCUCGAAUAGCACCGCGAGAUCUGUUGAAACAUUGAUUUUUGACUAUUCCUUCCCUGAGAAGAGGGCGAGGAGAAGAAGAAAGAAAAAGGAGAACUGAAUUGAAUUAGAUUAGCAUGAAAGACCUUUUCACGCGGAGACUAAAAGUGCUGCGCAUAACUUCCUGCUCAGAAAUGUAUGCAAAUAAGAAGACAGAUCCUGAAAGAGCAAGCUAGAGAAGAGUACAGGUCGUGCUGCAAUUAGUUCAUUGAAAACUCAUUUGCUCUUGGAGCAGUCAGGCAGUGACUGCCUUCGGCUUUUUUUCUGCUGACUAAGAUCUCCUAUAGAGAGCUACAACAAUGCCCAAAAGAAAGGCUGCAGGUCAAGGUGAUAUGAGGCAGGAGCCAAAGAGAAGAUCUGCCAGAUUGUCUGCUAUGCGUGUACCCUUUACACCAGAGGUAACGCCUAAAAGAACAUCAAGUUCAAGGAAAAUGAAGACAAGAAGUGAUAUGAUGGAAGAAAACAUAGAUAAAAGUGCCCAAGCAGUUGCUGAAACCAAGCAAGAAGCAGUUGUUGAAGAAGACUACAAUGAAAAUGCUAAAAAUGGAGAAGCCAAAAUUACAGAGGCGCCAGCUUCUGAAAAAGAAAUUGUGGAAGUAAAAGAAGAAAAUACUGAAGAUGCCACAGAGAAGGGAGGAGAAAAGAAAGAAGCAGUAGCAGCAGAAGUAAAAAAUGAAAAAGAAGAUCAGAAAGAAGAUGAAGAAGAUCAAAACAAAGAAGAGAAAGGGGAAGCUGGAAAAGAAGACAAGGAUGAAGAAGGGAAAGAAGAUGGAAAAGAGGAUAAAAAUGGAAAUGAGAAAGGAAAAGAUGGAAAAGAGGAAGAUGCAAAAGAGAAAGAAGAUGGAAAAAAAGGUGAAGACGGAAAAGGAAAUGGAGAAGAUGGAAAAGAGAAAGGAGAAGGUGAAAAAGAGGAAGAAGAUAGAAAAGAAACAGGAGAUAGAAAAGCGAAUGAAGAUGGAAAAGAGAAGGGAGAUAAAAAGGAAGAGAAAGAUGUAAAAGUCAAAGAAGAUGAAAAAGAGAGAGAAGAUGGAAAAGAAGAUGAAGGUGGAAAUGAGGAAGAAGCUGGAAAAGAGAAAGAAGAUGAAAAAGAAGAAGAAGGAAAAGAGAAAGAUGAGAUCAAAGAAGAAGAUGGAAAAAUAGAGGAGCCGCAGAGUAUUGUUUAAAACUGCCCUAUAUAGUUUCAUAAUUUGUUAAUGUGUACCUUCAUGUUGUAAAGUUAAUAGAGAUAAAUAUUUUUAUCAAAAAUUUUAUAAACACAGUCUUUCUUUAGCAUUGAUUUAAUUUCAGAACAUCUUCAUAUUGAUUAUUAGCCAUGAAGUUUCUCACAUGAAACAUUUAUCUAUAAAUUUUGUGAUUAUAGUAGUGGAAUAUAUAGAGAAAAAUAUGCUUUCAACUUUGCGAGUGAAUUUCGUGUUGUGUAAGUUAUGUGUCAAAUCUUUGAAUUUUAAUUUUACUCUUUUAUAUGUGUGAUAAUUUCAUAAAGUGAGGGAUCCCAAAAAAAAGAGUUGCAUCCAACGUUAUUGUUCUCUAGGAUGCUUUUAUAAAGAAGGUGAACUAUUUUCAUGUAAUGCUAAGAGUUAAACUUAUCUUUCCCAAAUAUAACUUUAUUAUUAGCUUGGGAAAAAUGAAAUUGUAUUUGCAUUUUUAAAAUAAAUACAUAUGUUUAUUUCAGAAGGGCAGUUUUGAUUAUAUGUGAAUGCACAAAUUUUACUGGAUUUAUCUUAAUAAAAAGACUGAUGAUGA